CCCGUAAGAAAAGGGAGAAAACAGACCGUCUAAUGGCCUCCGCUCUCUUGCUUCUACUCCCCAGACCACCGCUGUCGCCGCAUCCUCUCCGGCGACUCUCCGUCCCCAAUUCCCUCGCUUUACUCUCGAUCCCCAAAACCUUAGUCCCCAAACCGAGAUCUAGGGUUCCGAGAAUGCUCUCUCCCCCCAGGGCCUUCGCGUUCCAAGAGCUAGCGGGGCUCCAGGACUCGCUCCUCGAUCUCCUCCAGGCCUCGCCCCCAACGUGGAAAUCAGCGAUCGCCAGCAAUCUCCUCAUUUUUCUUGUUGGAUCCCCGAUUCUCGUCUCGGGGCUUUCCCCUUCAGGGAUUGGAGCGGCGUUUCUCCUGGGAGUCUUAACGUGGAGGGCCUUCGGGUCGCCCGGAUUCCUCCUUGUUGCCGCCUAUUUCAUUGUUGGAACAGUGGCAACAAAGUUGAAGAUAACACAGAAAGAAGCUUUAGGAGUGGCUGAGAAAAGGAGAGGAAGAAGAGGGCCGGGCAGCGUGAUCGGUUCCAGUGCUGCCGGAUGUGUUUGUGCUUUCCUAUCAAUAUGUGGUAUUGGUGGAGCUUCAUUUGCAGGGCUCUGGAAACUUGGUUUUGUUGCUAGUUUCUGUACUAAGUUGAGUGACACAGUUUCCAGUGAGAUAGGCAAGGCAUACGGGGAGACUGCGUAUCUUGUUACAACGUUCAAGGUAGUCCCAAGAGGUACCGAAGGGGCUGUAAGUGUGGAGGGGACCAUUGCUGGACUUUUAGCUUCAAUUCUUCUUGCUAGCAUUGGUUAUUUUCUGGGAGAGGUGAUUCUCAGCAGGCCAACAAUUCCCCACCUAUUCGGAUUUUUAUGUUGUCCCUGCUGUGCAAGUGCUGCUAAUAACAGCGAUCUGUAUAUGUUAGUUAAAUUUUUAUUCACAUCAUGACUUUGUGAUGCAGAUAGAUGUACCACAAGCUGCUAUAUGUGUUCUAGCAUCCCAGAUUGCAAAUUUUGGUGAGAGCCUAAUUGGUGCUGCGCUACAAGAUAAAGAAGGUUUUAGAUGGUUGAACAAUGAUGCUGUCAAUGUAAUCAACAUCUCCAUCGGCAGCAUUUUGGCCGUUCUGAUGCAGCACCUCAUGCUACAGAGCUACCUUCAGUAAAUAAUAGCCAUAGCAUCAAUACCUGUUGCAUGCAUAUCACAUGGAACUAACAAAUGAAAUGAUCGAGUUCAUCAACACAAGAAGGUAAGGCCUGAAAUUUUUCAGAGGAUCACUUUGUGUUCUUGAAAACUGCAUGGAAUGAAAAGUUAAGAGGCAUUUAAUUAACAAUUCAACCUUCCUUCACAUGUUUGCCGUGUUCUUUGAACAGAAGAUGAUAGCCUGAUCCAUGUGACUCCAAAUUAGCGCAACAUAUUGUGUAAAUGUCAGUUAUUACAUGAUGAAAUUUUCAGAAUUGUUCUUUUCAGUUGCUGGUUGCCUUAUGUUAUCAUUUCCAAUGAGUGGUGCAAUUUGUUGCAAAAUAAGUGACUUGAUCAUCAAAUGUUUGUUGGUGUAAUGAUUCAUUUUAGAUAAUUUACUCCAUUAGUAGCAAGAAACUUGAAAAAGAAAAUUAUUUCCCAUUAUUCAAAAA